AUGUCGGCGAAGGGGAUCUUUGAUGUUCUCAUCCUUGGAGCAGGCACAGCGGGUUGCGCAGCUGCUCGUUCCAUAGCACUAAAGUACCCAAACGCGUCGGUGUGUCUUGUUGAGAAGGGCACUCGACGGCCUCCGCCUUUAGCGAUGCGUGUGCCGUUGUUAACGCCCAUGAUUCCAUCACUGCGCAGCACGCGAGAGUUUAUUCGUACAUACUCUGGGGUCCCAGAAAGCAGUUUAGGUGGUAGACAACUCACUUAUGUGCGGGGAUGUGGACUAGGUGGUAGCAGUUGGUGUAAUGAUAUGAGAUAUCUUCGUGGUACCGCCGCAGACUAUGAGGCGUGGAAUGAUCCCGCAUGGUCCUUUGAAAAAUUAUUACCUUUCUUUAAGAAACUAGAGCGGAACUCACGUGGUGGCUCAGAGUUUCACGGCGAUAAUGGUCCCCUCGCCGUUUCAGACGCUCCACGGUCGAAUAUUAAUUCGGAGUUAAAUAUCCGAUGGUUUGAGGCCUGUGAAGCACUUGGAAUACCAGAGACCGUAGACUUUAAUCAUGGAGUGGCGGAUGGAUUUUCAGCUUUCCAGUCACAUAUCAAAAGAGGGGUACGCGUUGAUAUCUUUGAUGCACUUUUAGAGGUGGAUAGACACUUAUUUCCCAAUUUAACGAUUAUGUCAGGUGUAACAGCUCAUCGACUUGUUUUUGAUAGUCAACAAGUUAGAGGCGUUGAGAUUCUUCAUAAAGGACGUGAAGUAGAAAUUCUUUCUGCACCCCGAGUUGUUAUUUGUUUAGGUUCUUUAGAUUCACCAGCAUUGCUACAACGCAGUGGGGUUGGGGCUGAGGGGAAAGUUGCUGAACUUCCCAAUGUUGGAAAAAACCUCAUUCAGUCCUGUUGUGCAACUAUCGUAUUUGGCAUCAAACAAAAUACCAAUCUUCACAGCAAAUCUAUAAGUGGGCGCAAUGCUAAAUAUCUUCUGCGCCAGUGGCAAGAAUAUGGAGAGGAACGUUCUGGUAUAUUUGCAUCAUUUGUAGAGGGUGGAGCGUUUGUGCGCUCAACUCCGACAUUACAAUCACCUGAUUUAUCCUUAACUUUUUUCCCAACUCCUAAUGUGCGUUGGUGCGGUUAUAUUCCAUUUGAUGGCUUUGCUGUACGUAUAGCACACCACUACCCAAAAAGUCGUGGAGAAGUUAUGGAUAUAUCGGCAUCUGAAAAAGAAAAAGAAAAAAAAGGGAAAAACAAAAAUCAUAAUUCCCUUCGUAUUACAAGUGGUAUGCUCUCCAAUCAGCACGAUGUGCAAUGUAUGGAUGAGGGUGUGCGUUGGGUCGGUUCACUCUGCACGGCGGCGAUGUCCAUGCACCAUCAUGAUCUUCACGGCAUCCCAACAUCACCUUUCGCAUCACUCGGGGUGUAUGUGCGGCAUCCACCGCGCGGUUUGCAGACAAAACUCGACACCGCCGCGUUUCUUGGAGAGUAUGCAGAAAGUAGCGGUAAUCUUUUUGGAACUUGUGCCAUUGGAGAAGUUGUGGACGGUGCGUUGCGGGUGCGGGGUGUGGACGGUGUGCACGUGGCAGACGCCAGCAUUGUACCGACCCCAACGUGCGGUGAGAGCUCUGUUAUUGGUGCCGCUAUUGGAUCAAGAGUAGCGUUAUUUUUACAAGUAUAG